UUGGAUGGCUAUGUUACGUACCCACGUAUUAAUUAAUCAUAUAUUAACUAUGUACAGCGCGCCGCACGUUUCUAAUAAUAUUUGACACUAUAACUAAUAAGGCAAUUAGUAUAGUAUAACAUGCGGAGGUCGUUGCAAAAUCGUAGAGAAAACAAUUAAAGUAUAGAAGGUGCCGUCACAUACGUAUCUUUCCUGGAAAGCCAACGCCCAUACGCAGGAUACGAGUCGACCAGCAUACCAAAUACGAGACCCGAACUCUGUCUCAUGACCGAGCUUAGCCACUACUACAACCACCCACUCCAAAGGACACAAUCAUAUAUAUAGAAGCCCAGGACAAGAGCUCUUCAGACGGUUAGGGAUCUUCAGAGUCAGGUCGUAACACCACUCACAGUUUAUAUUCUAUCUUUAUAUUAUAACAUUGUAUUUUUGUACUACGUUAAUAAACAUUCAUCAUACCUAGUACAUCACGUAUUCUAUUUCUGCGUUGAUGUAUAUAUCGACGUCGGUUAGGACGUAACAGCUAUAACUUUUAAAAUAAUGGUUUACGACAAAUUCUGAUUGCACCAUUGUUCCUAAAUAGUUAAUAUAAAUAAGUUCCGAAAGAAAUAAUCGAACAAUUUGAAUGUGGUGGUAAAGUACAUUUGCUCCAGGAAAUCGACCGUAUGAUUUGUGGGCAAUGCGGAGCGGUGUUGAUGACAAAAUUUGAUUUUGUUGAUAAAUGAUAGGACGUCGACGAUGAUAACAAAAAUAACGGUAAGUUUUUCUAUUAUUCGAGUACUUAGGUAGAAGAGGAGUUUCCAACAUAAUAAUAUAGUAUUCAAUAUUAGUUUGUAUUUUAUUCUAUUCCAAUUAUUGCUCAUUGUCAACUGGUAAUUUUAACAAUAAUUGUAUUAACGCAGCAUUUACUUAAAAUGUUGCGAAAAGUAUAUUCCUAUUUUAUAGGCUUUUGCAGGGAUUAACUAUAUUACUCAGUUGUAUUCUUAUUGUUCCAUUUGUUUCAUAAAAUAUAGCACAUCUAGGCAUUUAGCUCAUAGGAAUUAAGUUGAUAAUAUUUAAAUAAAAUCGUAAGUAAGUUUACACAUGAUAAUUAAGGAAUGGUCGAUUUGUGCAGUUUUCAAUUGUUUUUUAUUUUAAUAUUUGGUUCUAGGUCACUUUGUAUGGUCGACCAAUAAAAGUGCAAAACGCAGACACUUUUUAUGGUCGGGUAUAAAGGUACAUUGCUGAUUGCGGAUACUUUGUACGGUUGGGUAAAAAUGUUCAAUUCAGACCGCAGACAGUUUGUACUAUUAUAUACAUAAAACAUAAGUAGAGUAAAUACAAGUUAUAUAUCUAAGUAGUAAGUAUAAAUAAUGUCAAUUAUUAAAAUGUAAAAAUUAAAAAUUAAAACAAAAAGUCAAUUAAAAGUGUUUUAAAAUAUAGUAUAUGAACAACAGUCAUAAUAAUCAGUUUUUUUAACAAACUGGUUAGAUAACAGCCAAAUAUUACUUGGUGCUAUAAUAUAUUUUUAAUUAAUUUAGAAACUUGAUGACCUAAAAAUCUUGAAAUUAUCAAAAUAAUCAAACAUGAUUAUAAAUUAUAAUAAUUGUAUUACAUUAUUACCAAAUGUUAUGUUAAAAAGUAAAUUAAAAAUGUGUACAGUAUGGCGAAAUGACAAGUAAAAAUUACUUUUGAUAGGUAAUAAUUCUCUCCUAUUUUGAAUGUAUAAGAUAAUUAAAUCUACCAAAUAAUAUUUAAGCUUAAUAACAUGGUCUGUUCAUGACUUCUGACAUGUUUGUAUUAAAUAUAAUAUAUUAGUAUAAAGUGUCCGUGUUCUGCAAUUUAAAGUUUUACCUGAUCGUGCAAAGUGUCCGCGUUCUGCAAUCUACCUUUUUACCUGACCGUACAAAUUGUCCGGGUUAUGCAUUUUAAACAAUCAACCGUACAAAGUGUCAUUUUACCUAAAUAUUUGUAUGCUUACAUAUUAUAACAAAAUAAUUGGUUGUUGCUAUUUGUUUCCAUUAAAUUAUUACUUCCUCUCACUGUUUACACUGUUAAUAUUUUAAUAUUUAACUAUUUAAAAUAACUAUUUAGGUAAAUGUAUUAUGAUGUUAUGAGAAAUAAUGAAUUUUAUACAAUUAUUAUUUUGUUGUAGAUAAUUAAAAUGUUGAGAUACAGAGGAAAUAAAUUAACACUUAAUACCUAUUGUAAAAUAAUUGGAUUCAUUUCCUAAGGUUUAAGAAGAAAUUUAUGAACCAUCUGUCUAUAGUAAUGUUACACUAACAGUUAGGAUUAUGGUUAUUGAUUUCUAAAAUACAAUAUGUUUUACAAGAACAUUAUAUAUACAGAUUUGUACCAGACACGGACUAUGAAUCUAAACUUCCAAUUAACAUAGAUAUUACUGUUACAUCAACUUGUGAUAGUAUAGGUGCUGAUAUUGUUGAUACAACAGGACAAAAUAUGAUGUUAUUUGGAGAAUUAAAAACUGAUGAUACUUGGUGGGAAAUGACAAAAGAAUUGACACAACAUUUCGAAAAAAAUGUGUGUAUUCAAUGCAUAUUUAAGAGAAGAAUAUAAUUCAAUGAAUGACAUAUUAUGGAUUUUUGAUAAUUAUAAUACAUUAAAAAAUAAAAUAUCUGUUAAUAGGUACUACAGGAAAUCUAUUUGUUUGCUUCAAACUUGCUUCAAGCUUCUGGAAUUAGAUGAUCAUAUUCAAACAGUUGUCCGUGAUAUUGGAAAACAUGGGAUGGAUAUAGAAUAUGAGUUGAGUAUGGAAAUUGGAAGCCCUGUGCAUGGACUAUUGAUCGAUUCUUAGCUUUCCGAAGAACUGUAUUCAUUAUAUUGGCAUGCAGAAAUUAUUUCUGAAGCUUCCUCCUUUAUACGCAAUAGAGAAUUGCUGGAGGACAAUGUGCCAUAGACUUAUCAAAAGUGAAACUAGACAAGACAUCUUCGGGUAAGAUUUGUGUGUCCAUGUAUUACAACAAAACUGCAUGCAUCAGGAUGAACUUGAAGUAUCGUAGUCUUGACGGUUCUUGUAAUAACUUGAAACGUUCCUCCUCGGGAAAAGCAUCCACGGCUCUAUAAACGUUUGCUCUUAAUAACUAUAUGGAUAGCUUUAAUGAAGUUUUCGAAGAUUCUUUUUCGUCUUACAAACCAAGUCCUAGAUAGCUGAGGGUUGAAUUUGUCAAAGACGAGCACUCACCAGAUUACUUCAAAACUAUGGCAAUGGCGUACUGGACGAUUUUUGUAGGCCAUGAUUAAUCUCACGCGGAAAUUUCUAGAAUGAUGAAUAGUAAUAAGUCCGUGAGCUGUUGUUCAAAUAGCCGGAAGGAGCUCAUGCCUCGAGACAUACACCUCGAGUUGUGCUUGCAAGUAGUGAUACCGGGUAAAGAUCCAUUUUUCAGAAACCAUAUUCGUUUUAUGAACUACGGUCGUUCGGUGCCAGCUGUGUGUUCCGAUUGUACUUUUGACCCAAGGAACAAGAAGUGCAGUUCUUAGCCCUAAUACUAAACUCAAUAAAUGUGUUGUAAUGGACAUUAAUGUUAUGGAAUACCUAUAAACACCAACAUGUUCCUACACAUCUCAAAUAAAAAUUUAUAUACGGAAGGCCGAAUGAUCAACGCAAGUCUUUCACUAAAGGAACAUUACAACCGACCAACUGCAGGUUUACUAUUCAAUUACAUGGAUCAGCUUGUCAGAGGGCUAUCUACGCAGAAUACACAAAAAAUUGAUAUGCUAUUUACUAAAACGCUUACAAAUUACUUAUACAGUGUUUAUCCAAACCACGCGUUUGGAAUGGACAUCGUCAGCUUGGAUAUACAACGAACCCGCGAUCAUGGUAUACCAAGCUACACAGAAUUUAGAAAAUAUUGUCGACUAAAAGCUAUCAGAAGUGUACAAGAUUUAUCCAAGAUCAUGGUUGAAGGCUCAACUGAUAGACUAUUGAAGCAAUACAAACAUUGGAGAGAUAUAGAGCUUUUGGUAGGUGCAUUGUUUGAGAAACAUGAAGAAGACUCAAUGGUUGGCCCAACGAUGAGAUGUAUCAUUAGAGAACAGUUUAUAAGAACUAGAAUGGCAGAUAGAUAUUUUUACGAUUUACCAAAUAUAUUCAAUGAAUAUCAACUGACAGAAAUCAGAAAAGUGACGCUUGCCAGAAUCUUUUGUGAUAACAGCAAUAAUGUCACAAUGAUGCAGAAAAAAGUAUUUUUGAUACCUGCAAUGGCUGAUUUGCAACUCUGUAAUUCCCAAUCAAUUCCAAAAAUCAACAUCAAUCACUGGUCAGAGAUGGUCGAUACAUUUAAAAAAUAACUUUAAAUUUAAUAAUCAAUAAUCAGUGGAAGUACCUUCACUGGAUGGUUUGUUCCCUCAAGUAACUCAAGCCAUUGCAUUUAAUUUUAUUUAAAAAACAUACAUUAGGCUUAUUGUACUUUUUUUUAGUAUAGAUUGUAUAAGUUCUAGAUUAAAAAAAAUAAUCAAUAAUCAGCCUUUAAUCUAACCUUAUUUUCAUUUUACCUAUAUAAUUUAUCUUGUCUUUAAUAAAUAUUUUUAAAUUAAUUAUGAGUCUAAAAGUUGCUAUGUUACGCACUUGUAAGACGGAGACAACAAAUUUCACUGUAACGGCCCAUUAUGGCCAAAAAAAUAAAAAUAUUUUUGUCUGUCACAGAAAAGUUAUAGUCAGGCCAAAAUACAAACAUGAUAAAUUUUAGGUAUGUAUACUCUGCAACACCUCAAAUGAUGGCUCUGCUUUUGCCCAAAUACCGAUUUUUAUGUUUCACAUAAACUACACCAUAUUAAUAUGACAAUAUGAACUAGAAUAUAGCUUGCCAGAAUCUUUUGUGAUAACAGCAAUAAUGUCACAAUGAUGCAGAAAAAAGUAUUUUUGAUACCUGCAAUGGCUGAUUUGCAACUCUGUAAUUCCCAAUCAAUUCCAAAAAUCAACAUCAAUCACUGGUCAGAGAUGGUCGAUACAUUUAAAAAAUAACUUUAAAUUUAAUAAUCAAUAAUCAGUGGAAGUACCUUCACUGGAUGGUUUGUUCCCUCAAGUAACUCAAGCCAUUGCAUUUAAUUUUAUUUAAAAAACAUACAUUAGGCUUAUUGUACUUUUUUUUAGUAUAGAUUGUAUAAGUUCUAGAUUAAAAAAAAUAAUCAAUAAUCAGCCUUUAAUCUAACCUUAUUUUCAUUU